GGGAGGCGAGUUUCAGGUGGGGAGUGUAUUAAUUUCUUGGUAGGGGGUUAAGAAAUGAUAUUUACAAAUUUGUAAAAUAGAAUAAUUUCGUGUUAAAGCUUUUAAAGAGCGUGAAAAGUAUUAAAAUGACUCAAGAAGAUAGUAAAAAUCUUAAAAGAUAUUUUGAAAAUGAUCCUCCAAGUUUUUUUGACGAGUUGACUGAGAAAGAAGUUGAUGAAGUUUCAAUCAAAUUGUCAUCAGAAGUGAAAGAUUUAUGGCCUUAUCCUAACCGAGAUGAAGCUCAUCCUAUUGUUCCUCGUGUUAUAGUAGAAUCAUUGAAUGAUCCAAUCGUUCAAGCAAUCAGUAAUCACUUUCCAUCAGAAAUUGAAAAAAGAAAACAAGCCAAUAAAGAGUCAUUGACGAUGGAUGAUAGAGGAAUUAAAACACUGAUUAAUGAGAAAUGUUAUCGUGAAGCUGUUGCAUUAACAAGUCGAUUGCUGACAAAUUAUGGACAAGGAACAACGGCAUCUGCAACUAUGAAACAUUCAACGCAUUCCCUUCAAUUAUGGCACACUCGUCUUGCUUUACUUAUCAAAAUCAAUGAAUUGGAUAUCGCAAAGCAAGAAGCUGAGGCAUUUGGACAACUGUCUAGUCCUGAUUUGUUUUAUGAACAUCAAAGCCCGCAGAAUUUUAAAAGUAAAUAUGGAAGUAUGGCAAGUUUUUCAUUUCGAUUGCUAUUAGCUGGAGAGUUACCUUUAAAACUGAACAAGCCUCAUGACGCUCUUAAAAAUCUUUUAAAUAUUCUUGAAGUCACAGAAAAAAUUUACAAUUUCUUCAUCGAGUUGAAAAAGGAAAAUGAAGCUGAGUUUUGGAAAGAUCGUAAAAUUCGUGUUCAAUGUCUUAUGAUUAAUUGUGCAGCAUAUUUGAAAAAGUUCGAUCUGGCACAUCAACUUUAUGAAAGCAUUCGCAAGCUUCCCAAUUUAAAUGAAAAAUUAAGAAUGACUUUAGCAUCGUCUUGGGGUCGAACUUUCCUUCUUUGUGGUGACAUCAAAUCUGCUGAAGAAAAAUUUAAACUCUGUGAAGCGAAAGCAAAUUCUCACAUUGUGCAAACAAUGAUUGAUCAAGGACUCAUCGCUGUUGCACAGAAUUCAUAUGAAGAAGCCCUACAAAUAUUUCAAAAAGCACACGAACUUGAGAAAGAAAAUAUUUUGAUUCUCAACAACAUUGCUGUUUGUUAUUUGUACACUGGAAGAAUGCACAAUGCAAUUAAAAUCUACGAACAAGCAAUUAAUUUUAAUCCAAAGCAAAGUAUCAACGAAGCUGUUCUCUUGAAUUGUGCAACAUUAUACGAAUUGGAGUCGAACGAAGCAAAGAAGAAAAAACUUGAUUUGCUUAAACUUGUGUCUGCAAACAGAGCUGAUUUAGAAGUGUCAAUUGAAGCUUGUUUAAAGUUGUGAGUUUGAUAAAUAUUUAAACUUGUCGGUAUUAUUCAAAUAAAAAUUAAAUUAUUUUAAACAUUUCAUUCUUGCAUUUCGUUUAAUUAAUAUUUCUGAAAUAAAAACGAUUGAUGAAAAAGUUAAUCCAACUCCAAGAAGGAUAAAAGGUCCAAUAACAUGAGAUGGAGAUAAAUUAAUUGGUCCAACAUUAUCUCUAUGUCUUGAAAGUGCAAUUUCCGCUUGGAUUUUGUUAUUUGUAUUUCUCGUGACAACAUCAAGCUCAACAAACUGUUGAAUUCCACUUUGUGCUAUUUGUAAGAUCAAAUCAUCCAAUUGUUCCAUCAAAGGCCAAGUUUUAGUGCUCAUAGCAACACAAAGUUCAUAAUAAAUGUCGUUCAACAUGAUUUGAUAGUUCUUGACUGUUUCCUCUGUUACAUAUUCACCGACUGCGUAGUGACCGUAAGGAAGCCGUUCAAUGCUGAAACUUAUAUCUUGCCUAACGCCACGAUAUUGGAGAAUCUCUUUAGAGAAUGUUCGAAACU